AUGCCACCCCAGAGUCACGCCCGCGAAGGCGCCAUCCCGGGGACAGUCGACCUUACUGCCGCUGAAGGAGAAGCAACCAGUUCAAGCUACGGCCAGGCGCUGUACCCUGUGCCCACCGAUGAUCCCAAUGAUCCUCUUCUAUGGCCAGCAUGGAAAAAGAACGCGAUCCUCGUCAUCGUCUCGGUGUAUUCCUUCCUGGGAAACUGCUCGCUCGUUGGGCCGUCGGUGUACAUCAGUAUCUAUGCUGAGGAGUUUGGGAUUUCGCACGCCGAUGCGUCGGGCUUGAUUUCGUAUCCGAAUCUGGCGUUUGGGUUUGGCAGCUUGAUUCUGGUCCCAGUGUAUCUGAAAUUCGGAAGGCGGAUUGUUACGCUCUUGUCUAUGGCGACGUUCGUCGCUGGCCUCAUUGGUGCCUCCAGGGCAACAAGCUUCUCUGGACUCAUGACCGCGCGCGUCUUUCAUGGCUUUGGGAGUGGGGUGUGUGAGUCUUUGCCUGUGCAGCUGGUCAAUGAUAUCUUCUAUCUGCAUGAGCGAGGCAAGAAGAUUGGGUAUUAUACCGUCUGCCUCUGUCUCGGGUCUACUGGUCCUUUAUAUGCAGGAUACAUGCUGGCAGGGGGAUACUCAUGGCGCCUGUUCUUCUAUGUCCUCACGGCGUUCGCGGGUGCGCUGCUCGUGGCCUCGUUCUUCCUAGUUGAGGAGUCUCGGUUUCAUCGACCAGAGAUCCUGGAGGUAUCUGAUUCUGAGCCGUGGGACAAGAACGAAAAGCAAGACGGAGGCACAACGCAGGUCGAGGCAGUCCCCCCAGUCCCAGCACGAAAGGCAUUCCUCCAGACGCUGAGACCAUGGGCCCCGAUCGACCACGACGCCCAGUUCUUCGCAACAAUCGUCCGCUCCUUCGCCUACUUCCUCGUCCCCGCCGUGCUCUGGGUCAUCACCAGCUUCGGAAUCUACAUUGGCCUCGGCGCCCUCACAUUCAACUACACCUUCCCCCUCCUCAUCACCGAACCCCCCUACUCCUGGCCCCAGACCUCCUCAGGUCUAAUCGCCCUAGCCACAAUCAUCGGCUUCGCCCUCGCCCUCCCCUUCACACCCACAUCCGACCUCAUCGCCGCAAAACUCACCCACCGCAACGGCAACAUCCGCGAGGCCGAAAUGCGUCUCCCCGCGCUCCUCCCCGGCGUAUUCCUCGCACCCGCGGGUCUGAUCGUCUACGGUAUCACCGCCGAAAAGUCCCUCCACUGGACGGGCUUCUUUGCAGGCGUCGCGAUGGUGCAGUUCGGGGCAUACUUCUUCUUCACGUUCACGCUGGCGUAUGCGGUGGAUAGUUACUUUGCGGACGUGAGCGAGAUGCUGAUUGCCAUGAACCUGGGCAAGCAGGCGAUUUCGUUUGGGAUGGGCAGUUAUCUGCUUGAUUGGAUUGUGGGGCGCGGGUAUGCGGUUGUGAUUGCGGGGGUGUUUUGUGCGGUGGCGGUGGUGAAUAAUGCGAUGAUUGUGGUGUUUUGGUGUGCUGGGAAAAGGAUUCGGAGGAGGACGAGUAGGGGGUGGCUUGGGGGGUUGUCGAGGAGGGGGAAGAAGGGUGAUGUUCUUUAA